AUGAAGAAAAAAGAACACCUCUCCACUAUGCAAGUGGAUCAUCAGGAUAAAUAUAAUAAAACACCUCUCCAUUAUGCAAGUGAAAAGGGGCAUAUAGAUAUUUUUAAACUUCUUCUCGAUCGAUCUGCCAAGGUGGAUCAUCAGGAUAAAUAUAAUAAAACACCUCUGCACUAUGCAAGUGAAAGGGGACGUCUAGAAAUCGUUAAACUUCUCCUCGAUCGAUCUGCCAACGUGGAUCAUCAGGAUGAAAAUAAUAAAACGCCUCUGCACUAUGCAAGUGAAAGGGGACGUCUAGAAAUCGUGAAACUUCUCCUCGAUCGAUCUGCCAAGGUGGAUCAUCAGGAUAAAUAUAAUAAAACACCUCUACACUAUGCAAGCAAAAAUGGGUAUCUAGAUAUUGCUAAACUUCUCCUCGAUCGAUCUGCCAACGUGGGUCAUCAGGAUGAAGAAAAAAGAACACCUCUCCACUAUGCAAGUAAGAAUGGGUAUAUAAAUAUUGUUAAACUUCUCCUCGAUCGAUCUGCCAAAGUGGAUCAUCAGGAUAAAUAUAAUAAAACACCUCUACACUAUGCAAGCAAAAAUGGGUAUCUAGAUAUUGCUAAACUUCUCCUCGAUCGAUCUGCCAACGUGGGUCAUCAGGAUGAAGAAAAAAGAACACCUCUCCACUAUGCAAGUAAGAAUGGGUAUAUAAAUAUUGUUAAACUUCUCCUCGAUCGAUCUGCCAAAGUGGAUCAUCAGGAUAAAUAUAAUAAAACACCUCUCCAUUAUGCAAGUGAAAAGGGGCAUAUAGAUAUUUUUAAACUUCUUCUCGAUCGAUCUGCCAAGGUGGAUCAUCAGGAUAAAUAUAAUAAAACACCUCUCCAUUAUGCAACCAUUCUGCCGAGAUUCUCAAUACUUCCGAAGUGGAGAGACAAUAACACCAAUCACGGCGGCGAGCUCUUCUUCCGACCAUCUACCACAGUUCAAUCGAUCCGAUAUGCUAACUAUCAGAGCUCGUACGCUGCCAAUGAUGUUAAUCAACAUUACUAUCCACAACCCCAACUACCUGCCACUUACGCAGCUCUCUACCCGUACAUAAACCGGACGAAUUGGAGCUCAAAAAAGGAUAACGCUACCAAGGGGGCCUGCCGGCAGCAAAAGUCCGGAGCAUUCUCGGUCAAUGUGCAAAAAGGUCACGAAGGCGGUGGAACAAACAGCAACAGCAGCAUCCGAAUCAAUCCGGGAAUUAUGUCGAAUCCGUGUGGAAGGAAAUCGCUUCAGAUAGAAACAGUGCUGCCGCGGCCGGAGGCAAUCCAUCUCAAGCUGCUGUGUAGCCUGUCAAGUAAAAGAAAUAUUCGUCAGCAGCUAGUUUGA